AUGUUCAACCUCGAGCUUUUCGCCGACGCUAUGUAUGCUCCCCUGGCCACGGUGUCUCAAGAAUGGCAAACAGACAUCGAGCGACACAACUUUGCUCGAAUCCGACUCACACCGUCACGCCUUGCCAAUUUUCGUGACAUGGUCCAAAGAAGCCGAACUCUCAUCUGCUACAUCUGGUUCUGCUUGGAACUCGACGAGUGGGACUGCACCACGUGCGCCCUUUCGCCUGGAAGAACGAUUUCAGAUGAGUUUGAAGAGGCAUUUGCGAUCAGUGGCACAGAUAAAUGUCCCAUCACUGCGUCAUUCCAAAACCUUUUCUCGAUUCUCAGUAAAUGGGAACCUCACGGCGAUUUGACACUCGAUAUUAGUAUACACUCACUCAGCGACUCGGAACAUUGGUUCCCAUAUCUGACCUUUUCCCCCGAUACUCCUUUGGAUAUACCAGAUGAUCAUACUGUCGAGAAGGCGAUGGUAAAUCGAGACUAUCACCACCCUGAUCAUGGCCGGUCACAUGGCUCUCGACACCUCGUCUCACCUCCAUGGGGCCUUAGGAAACUAUUCCAUCUGAUUAUGGAGCAGGGUCCGUUCGACAGUGACGAUGAAGAGCUCGAGUGGUGGGACAAGCUUCCAUUAGUUCUAGCCGUGACCAGUCUACUUCUCCGACAACAGAGCCGCCGGAGGUGGAAACCAGAGUCACUGGCACACAUGUUUUCCCGGCUUCCCAGAGUCCAAGAAGUCCACUACGAUCCGUGGAGGGGAUGGGAUAAUCCGACGCAGAAUUUAACAGACAAAUUCCAAUUCGACCGCGGCAUACAGCCGACUGCGCAGGGGCCAAUUGGGGGCCCUAUUUACGAUUAUCGUAGCCAGCCCAACCUACGCCUCAAACGACUCGUCAUCUUCGAGAACUGCAACCAACAGUACCCAGCCAAUAUGCGAAGACGCGAAUUCCUCGGGGGAGAAGAUGUCGGAACACACGCCCUUCGCAAGCCUAUCCGAGAUAUCGGCCAGAUGAUCGCGCUCACCAGCCUCGGCCUCGAACAUCUUGCAGCAUCCUACAUCGCAGACGCCAGCCACUUCUUCGAGAUCCGUCUCGACUGGGCGUGGCCGAUCCUGAAAUCGCUUGCUCUCACUGCAAAAGUACUCACGCCUCAUGAAGACUCAAACGAGAUUGAAGCCCUACUACUGGCAGCGGCGGCAGCAGCUAAGAAUAUGCUCCAAUUAGAAACAAUGGAGAUUUGGAACGGGCGAAAGGGGUUGGCAGGGCUACUCAGGUAUCAAGCUUUCCGUCCCAAGCGGGAAGCUGUUCUUCUUUAG